AUGUUUGUGCCACCGAAAAAGGCAGCACUCGGGGCAGCGAUGCGCAUUGCAUCAUAUCCGGCUGCAUCGCUGCCUGGUUUCCUGAUCCCGGCGUGGCAAUCGACCGCGGCAGCCAGACAGUUUUCGACAACCGGGCCGCGACCCUCGAAGCUCGGCCGCACGCCCAUUUCUGUGCCGCCUGGCGUAGAGCUGACUAUGGGCCAACCGAAAGCGAUCAACAGCAUGACCUCGUACAAGCCCAAGAUUACGAAGACGAUAACGGUCAAGGGACCUCUGGGAGAAUUGAGCAUGGACGUACCUAGCUUUGUGCAGAUGGAGCAGGACCUUGAAAACAACAGGAUCAUGCUGUCAGUGGACGACGCCAACGUCUUGCAACAAAAAGAGAUGUGGGGCACCACCUGGGCAUAUCUCAACAAUCACAUCAUGGGCGUUUCCGAAGGUCACACGGCGAUCCUGCGACUGGUCGGCGUCGGAUACCGAGCGACGGUGGAGGAGCGCAAGUCCAAGGCCACAUACCCCGGGCAAAAGUUCCUGUGCCUGAAGCUCGGCUUCACGCACCCGGUGGAGGAGGGCAUCCCGAAGGGCGUGACGGUGACGACGCCGGCGCCGACGAGGAUCCUGCUCGAGGGCGCGGAGCGCGAGGUGCUCAUGUCCUUUGCGGGCAAGGUGCGCAAGUGGCGGCCUCCGGAGCCGUACAAGGGCAAGGGCGUCUUCAUCAACGACCAAACGAUCAAGCUGAAGCAGAAGAAGAUCAAAUAG